UAUAUAGUGUAACCUUGUCACCGCUUCCUUCCUCCAAGACCAAACCAAUUAGCUCAGAGACAUGGCGAAGUCUCUUGCAUGGGCUACCUGCGGAGAGGAGGAGAGGGACUGUGUAGGAUGGAUCGAGAGGUACUUCAACGACUGCGUGUGUAGCGUAAGAGGUGAGCUAUCGUUUGGCCUCGGAAUGAUCAGCCUCUUCUGCUGGGGAAUAGCAGAGGUACCACAGAUCAUCACCAACUUCCACAACAAGUCUGGCCAUGGCAUCUCCCUUGCAUUCCUCCUGACUUGGGUCGUUGGUGACAUCUUCAACCUGGUGGGUUGCCUUCUCGAACCAGUAACUCUGCCGACCCAGUUCUAUACAGCACUGUUAUACACGGCCGUCACAGUGGUUUUGGUGCUGCAAAUUCUGUAUUACGAUUGCUGGCUAAGAUGUUGUGAGAGCAGAGGUUUCGCGGCUCAACUAGAGGUCGAAGAAGACAGCUGCAAACCUUUGAAUCCGAAUUCUGAGGGUCACAGUCAUCCCCUACCAACUCUUACUGCCCCGCCUGCAGCAUCACCUCGUGCAGAUGUAUGCUAUACUUCGGCGAGGUCUUUGGCGAGCAGUGGGACUCCACCGUAUAGAUCGUCCUACCUUGGACCAGCUCGAAGUGGUCCAUCAGCCUCGGGGUACUUGGAGUCGUCGGGUUCUGAUGACGAGAGAUCGGCACGGCACCGAUCUUGGCGCAGCGGCAUGAGUAAGCCCAUCAGGAUCCUCUCUCGCUCGGUUGGCUAUGGGACUUUUGCAGCUGCCUCGGUCACUUUACCGUUUCAAACCAAAGCUUCAAUGGAGGAAGGAGGCAUAAAAUCACUGGAAGAGAACCCUUAUGGGCUGCUGUUAGGAUGGGUUAUGGCUGCCAUUUACAUGGGAGGCCGCCUGCCUCAGAUAUAUAUGAACAUCAAGCGUGGGAGCGUGGAGGGAUUAAAUCCUCUAAUGUUCCUGUUUGCACUCGCUGCCAAUGCAACUUAUGUUGGAAGGUCUCUCUCUCUCUCUCUCUCAUCCGCCUCCCCUCCUCGACCCCUCAAAGAGGUCUUCUUGUUAACGAUUGUGUUUGGAUGCAGCAUACUGGUAAGGAGCAUUGAGUGGGAAAGAAUUAAGGCUAACUCACCUUGGUUGCUGGAUGCAAUAGUCUGUGUUCUUCUUGAUCUAUUUGUAUCCUUCUCUCUUUUCAUUUGACUUCACUAAUUACUGCUUCAUGAUCUCUUAUCCUUUCUUGAAUGAUUCAGAUAUUUCCUAUUUGGUGCAUGUAGUUCCUUGACCACAUAUUUUACCAGAUCAUCCUACAAUUUGCCUACUACAAGUUCAUGCACAAAAGGAUGACAAGCAAUGAGGAUGAACAUGAAGACUUCAUGGAAGCCAAGGAAACACUUUUCUGAAAACUUUGUGGUAUAUAUGGCACUAAUCCUUGUGCUUAUAUUUAAUAGGGCACUUGUUCUUGUUAUUUCCUUUGUGAAGUUGAGUGAUUUGUAUCCUAUAUUUGUACCAAUAGCUGCAUGCCACGAGUUUUCCUCGUUAA